AUGUUCCAGAUCUACUCUGUCAAAAAACUGGGCAAGAACCUGGCAUGUGGCCAGCAUCCAGAUCUGUCUUCUCCUCAAAUGCCCAGGCUGAAUCAGCGUGUGUCCCAGCAUGCCCUGAGAGGUCAGCUCAUUGGGUGCUACAAUAGCCUAAGAAGCCUCUUAGAUGAUUUCCCUGUCAUCAGAGACAAGUACUUCAUAAUUGGACUAUCUCAAGGGAAAAAAGAGGAGCAAGACUUAAAGAAAAACCUUGCAGCUGAUCCCAGAUCCUUCCGUCCUCGACCACACUCUUUGCUGUCUCCAGAUGGAUGCACCUUCCUUAACUUGUGGUUCAUCCCUCACCCUACCGAAGUGCUGAUCAUGUUCAAAACGCUUCCAGAGAAGGCUGCUCUCAGAGGUCUCCACCUAAGCCUAGAAAUUGUUGGUGCAUUUCACGACAUGGUUUCUUAUCUCCUGGCUUUUGCUCAGUUAGGAAAUUCCCCAAACUGCUUUUGUGCCUUAAACCCAGAGCCUCUGACUCCAGACUGGGGAGGGACCGACAGGAUUGGGACUGAACUUCAAGAGAUACAGAAAAUGAUUGACAGCCUCCAGAAUCCACUGGAUCCCAGCAACAUAGCCCAGCUGCUAGCUGCUCACAGAGAAGUGAUGUUUCUGCAGUUUGAUGCAGCAAUCAGGCAUCGACUACGAGAGAUAUUUUUGUCCUCGGGGAAUGUUUCAGCCUACCAGAGUGUUACAGACAGGAUAUACCAUGCGCUGCCUCCAUUGAGUAACUCUGCUAUUCAGAGUGCAUUUGCUUCACAGCUAAGGCUCCCACAGCUUCUGGAUCCUCAAAGCUGCAGGACACUCAUGCAUUUUCCUUGGAGGACAUUCCUAAUGGAUGGAGGAUUGUUUCCAGUCACUAUCAACAACACAAUUAAUAUAAAUUACAACAUGCAGCUGUGCCUGUGCAGCCUGAGUGAUGCAGACCGAAGAGUUGCUCAUGGGGAGCUGGUGGCAAUGCAGUUUCUAAUGGAGGAUGUACUGCAGAACAGCUAUGGCUGUGCUGUGGAAGAGCAUGCUGACUGUCAAGCCUCGUUAGCUAAGAGCAAGCAGCAGAAUUUGGCAGAAACAGUUGACUCAAGUGCUAACUGGCUGCAGAACAGCAAAAAGAUGUGCAAACUUUUGCUGAGGCAUCAUGAUCCAGUCAUGUCCUGUAACUUGCUGAGGUCUUUCCUGAUACUAUGGAAGCAACUAGAAAUAUUAAAGGCAGAAUGGGGCCGGCUCAAGCUGAGGACUGAGGAUAUCAAUACAGUUCCUCUCUACAAAGAGUUUUGUGAGCAAUAUGGCACAGACAUCCUGUGCCCGGCCAUGAGAGCCAUUGUCAGGCGAAUAGACCCAGAGGAGGAGUUUGUCGAGCCAGUUACAAGCACUCAGCAUAUACUUCCCCCCAGAGGAGCAUCAGAAAUCGAAAUGAAAGUGUACCAGCUUCAAAGGCUUCUGGAAAGCCUAGAAAUCCACAUGAUCCAUGAUGUGCAGAAGAAAAUUAACCAGGAGAUGACUCUAGUGACAUCUGAAAGAGCCAGACAAGAGAGCAGUCUCCCCACUGAGCUCUGGAAACACAGGGUAAUGCAAGAAAAUUUCUCAGUUGUACGACCACAGAUAGUUGAAACAUUUAUUCAAAGGCUGAUGGAAAACUACCAAGAAUCAGAUACAGAGGUUUCUUUUAAAAAAAGCCAUUUACAACAAUGUCUCACUGUACUGGGCUGUGACAUCAUGGCCAGGGAACGCAGCAACUUUGAGACCUACUCCAUGUUUUAUGAAAAUAUUCUCCAGCAUCAGCAUCGUCUACUUUACCAAAAAGAACAAGAGCUGCACGCAGUGGAAGAAGGUGGCAGCCAAAGCGAUAUGGCUCUGACACAGUGUCUUGUCAGCAACCUCCCUUCCCUGAUUUUACUGUCCUGUCCAUAUGUUUGGGAAAGCUGGAGUGAUAGAGAAAAUGAGAAACGUGUGAAGUUUCAGCUGGGUGGAAAGAUACAGGAGGAGUUGAUUGUGGGGCCGUGCCAUGGGAUGAUUAUGGAAAUAACUGCUCUCAGAGCCCAGCUUGCUGACUUAGAGGAAGAAAAUCUUGGUCUCAAAGAGAAAAUUAGAAAAGAAGUACGGGAUGAAUAUGAAUCAUUAGUGCGGAACCUAUUUGCGACUUGUGUCCAUCUAAAAGGAAAAUUGGAUGUCUAUCGCCUUAGCAUUGAGCAACGAGUGUUUGAAAUCAUCAGUGAAGUGAGAAGAGAAGGAGUAGACAAUAUGAUUGAUCUGAAGAAAAAGUUUGGCUCCACUAAAAAUAAUGGUGACUUGAAAGAACAUUUGUCUAAAAACAGUUUUCAGGAGGAAGUGUGCUAUUUUGAACAAAGAAGAAGAAAACUCGAUGACUAUGCUUUUCAUGACUCCACUAAUUUUGUUCUUAUUAGUGACAUUGAACAGCUGCAGCUCCUGCGGGAUGAAAAUAUCAGGCUAAGCAAGCUGGUGUGUAAGCUCAGGGCUCUGAACUGUUGGAAGCAAACCACGCAGAAGGCGCAGCUCUCUGCAAAGCUUAGAGAUGCUGAGAAGGUGGAAGCUCUUCAAAACAAAAAAGAGUGUCUGACUGCUAAGAUGAUGGCAGAACAAGAGGUGACUUCGUUUCAGGGUCAGCUCACGUCUGUAAGGAAAGCUCUUGCAAAAUCUCAAGCAGACAAUGACAAGCUCAAGAAACAGCUACAUAAACAGAAACAAAUGCUGUUGGAAGUGGUACAGAGGAAGAUACAAGAAGCCAAGAAGAGAAAAAUACUUGGUGUGAUGAAAGCUGAAAACACAGAUAAGAUGCUUGAAGAGACAGAAGAAAAAGAGCAGAGAAUCAAAUGCUUAACCAAGGAAGCUGAAAAAUCUUCUAAAAUAUGCCAUCUUCAUGAAAAAGGAAUCAAAAAAGAAAUGCAGCAGACAAGAAGCCAGUUAACCCAAGAGAGCAGAUUAAAACAGGAGGCCUUCCAGCAGGUUGAUGAAUUGCAGUGUCAAGUUUAUGACCUGGAAGCUGCAGUUUCCCAGAGGAGCGUGACUGCAGAUUCUGCAGCUCAGGUCCAGUGUAACAAGCUUUCAGCAUCCACUCAGCAUGGGGAUUACCAGCAGCAUCCUUUGAAUUUUGACCCAAGAAGCAGCAGUGGAACAGGAGGAAACAUUCAGAGACCAAAGACA